AUGAUUACAAACCACAACAACUCUCAUAUAACAUCAUUUUUUCUUUCAGGUUUAGAUGAAACAAUGACCCUCAGAGUUGUUCUCUUCUCUGUCACUUUACUGUGUUACUGUUUAAUUAUGCUGGUAAAUGUUUCCCUGAUUGUAAUCAUUAUCUUGGAUGAGAACAUGCAUGAACCGAUGUAUAUUCUAUUGUGCACUUUGUGCAUGAAUGGACUUUAUGGCACAACAGGUUUCUACCCAAAGCUUCUGUGGGAUCUGCUGUCUGCUGUUCAAGUAAUCUCUUAUUCUGGAUGCCUUGUUCAGGCUUUUGUGAUUCACUCAUUUGUCUGCAGUGAUUUUUCUAUUCUUGCAGUUAUGUCAUAUGACAGGUAUGUGGCUAUAUGUCGACCUCUGGUGUACCACUCUGUCAUGUCAAAGAAGAGACUUUUAAUGUUUUUAAGUUUUUCCGGGUUGCCACCUUUUUGCAUUGUGGCAACUAUAAUGAUCCUCACAUCUAGAUUGAAGUUAUGCAGCCGAUAUAUUGACAGACUUUAUUGUGUGAAUUUUAUGAUUUUGAAACUAGCUUGUUUCCCAGCUGACACUAUUGUUAACAUAAUAGUGUCAAACCUAAUAAUAACAGUUUUCUUAUUUCAAGGUCUCUUUAUCGCUUGGUCAUACGUGUAUGUCAUCAGAACCUGUGUGAAUUGUUCAGAAAACAGGGCAAAGUUUAUGCAGACAUGUGUGCCACAUUUAACCUCCUUGCUCUUUUUUGUUGUGACUAUACUUUUUGAUGUCUUUAAUUUCAGAUAUAGUUCAAAUCUCUCUCCGACUAUUCAAAAUGUUAUAGCAAUAGAACUUCUGAUUAUACCUCCCAUCAUGAAUCCUCUUGUUUAUGGCUUUAAAUUGACCAAAAUUAGGAUCAGAAUUUUAAGUUUUUUGAGUGGCAAA